CCGCAAUGUAAGCAGCAAUUCGUUGAACGGAUGGAAUCUUCUUUAUAAUUUUUUCUUUUUAGUUUUAAAUUUAUUCCAAUUAGUCAUGUUUCGAUAAGAAAUCACUAUUUAAUCGAAAUAUUUAUGAAAGUGAAGUUCAAAAAGAAGUCAAACGUUGUCAUGCCAGACGAUUAUGAAGCGAAAGGCAAUUUAAUGAAGGCUGGUCAAAUAUUGAAUCUUACUGAAAUGUAUUUAAAAACAAUGAAAGCUACCAUCUCAAGUAAUGUAUCUGUCAACAAAAGCCAAGCGCACCCGGAAGCCUCUGGGCAUCCAAGUAAAGAUGUGAAGUCUCAUCUCCACAGGAAAUUUUAAAAUGGAGUUUUUAACGAUAUUUGCUCCUCACCGUGUAUUUGAAUGAUCGGCCUUCUGUUCCCAAUAGUUAUUAUAAAUCACUUCGAAGUAUGGUGGUAAAAAGGUGAUAUAUGGCUUCAGGAAAAUUGAUGACUCAACUACCUAUACGUUUGUAUAUAUACCAUCAAAAAUAAUUACCGAUUCUAAAGUUUAUGCCUGUGUUCGUUUGUAGAAUCUAAGAUUUGCUAUCACCUGUUGAUUAGUGUAUUCACCAUUCACAAUUAACAAGCUCGAAUACCCAUAGUAAAAGCAAUUAUAAAAACAAUUAACAAUGUAAAGAAAUAAGAUUAUAUCUCAUACUCCGUCAGACCUUUAGUUUCUUAUUGCAUGGAAAUCCCAAGUCAAAAGUCGGAAACCCAAGCACUUCAAUUCAGAUCUCGUUCAUGGACGGAAUUUUUCAGUUUAAAUUAACUUCCAUAGAAUUAAAUCUCUUCGCUGGUCUAAACGAUUAUUUUUUUUCAAUAGGUAGGACACAAAGCCAGAUGUGAAUGCAGAAGGACCACUUUAAGCCGAAUACGGUUUGUACUUUCCUUUUAUUAUUUAAGUCUUUUUCCUUUUGAAUUUUGGACGAAUAUAUCCCCUAAGAAGAAUAAAUAUCGUACAACCAUCAACCACGAGUAUAGACACUAACGACUCAUUGAGAACCAAUUUUUCAAACGUUUUUCUUCUUUAUUAAUUCAAAAUAAAAAGUCACUAUUGAAUUCACAUCAGGAGUAAGUAAAGUGGUUGCACUUGAAUAGUUCUUCCUCAACCAAGACCAAUCUAUUACCAUUAACACCUUGGAUCUUGGGUAUGCGGAAAAGUCAAAAUCUCAAGGGUAAUUCCACUUCUGAGGAUACAGAAACAGAACUUCAAGACGAUUCUAGUUUUUUUUCAGUAGAAGAGUUGAACAGGAGGUUGAAUGCAUCUUCUGCGUUAGGUAGUUCUGACCCCAAAAAGUCUCCGACUUUACUUGAUCCCAGUAGCUCAAAUGAACUCAAGGUCUCUCCUAAUACUACAAAAACAAAUUUGUUACCAAAAGCCGCUGGUGCUUCAAGGCCGUCGAGUAGAGCUACUUCCCCAAACAAUAUCAAGCGGGUGUCAGACUUUAGUUUCGGCGAGAUCAUAGGAGAAGGCUCAUAUAGUACUGUGCUUUCAGCUACGGAGAAUAAUACAAAGCGAGAAUAUGCCAUCAAAGUGCUUGACAAGCGACAUAUCAUUAAGGAAAAGAAAGUGAAGUAUGUCAACAUAGAAAAAGAGGCCUUGUACCUCAUAUCAAAACAUCCUGGAUUUAUUCGUCUGUUUUAUACAUUUCAGGACACUCAAAGCCUGUAUUUUGUUUUUAGUUUGGCAAGAAAUGGUGAGCUUCUGGAUUAUAUUUAUAAGCUUGGAAAAUUUAAUGAAGCUUGUGUUCAGUAUUAUGGUGCGCUCCUCUUGGACUCUAUUGAUUUCAUGCAUAAGCAGGGUGUCAUUCAUCGUGACCUAAAGCCCGAAAACAUUCUUUUGGAUGACAAUAUGAGAACCAAGAUUAUUGAUUUCGGUUCAGCGAAAAUUCAAAAAACUGCUGAAAAGAGCGAACAGCUUUCAGACGAUCUCCCGACAAGUGAUAAUCACUCUAGGUCCUUCGUUGGCACUGCUCGUUACGUCUCACCAGAAGUAUUGAAUGAUAAAAAUGCAAGUACGGCUUCAGACGUAUGGGCUUUUGGUUGUAUUUUGUUUCAGAUGCUUACAGGAAAACCUCCUUUUGUUGCAGGAAAUGAGUAUCUUGUUUUCCAAAAAAUAUUACAUUUAAGCUAUGAAAUUCCCAUCGAUGUUUCGGAAACUGCUUCCGAUUUAAUUAAGAAAAUUUUAGUCUUACAUCCGAACGAACGACUAACGACGAAGGAAAUCCGUGAUCACCCGUUUUUUUCUUCAAUGCGAUUUGACAAAAGUCUAUGGGAAAUACCUCCCCCUCGUCUUAAGCCUACUGGUCACACAAGCACGCUUAGUCUUUCCGUUCCAGGUUUCGUUUCCAAAUCAGCCGGAGACAUUAAUGAACAAACUCGUCCUUCUACCCUAUCUGUUUCUUCCGCGUAUCCUACCCCUAACACACCUGUAAAUACCACAUUUUCCUUACCCAGUCCCCUUGAAUAUGAAGAAAUGAAUAAGCGUUGGCAUAGCGUUCUUCUGGAAGAUGAGAAGAUUUCCAAAAUCACUGUUUUAAAUGUAUCGAGUAUGCCAGGAAGUGGGACACAUGAAGCUGUACGGUUCUUUUCGUCGCUUUUCCGCAAGAAAAGGCCUCGCACUUUUAUUUUAACGACAUUUGGAAGAUGCCUUUUGGUUGCGAUGAACAGUGCAGGCAGGGCUACAAUCAAAGAAGAGCUUCCUGUAAAGAGUGUUGGAUUAAGGGUCCAUGGUGUUAAAAACUCUGACCAUACUUGGGUUAUGGAGACUCCUACGAGGUCCUGGUCGUUCGAAGACCCUCGCGAACCGGCAUCGACAUGGAUAGAGUUAAUCAACAGAGCAACAUCAAUUACUACCGCUUUUGAAAAUCACUCUGUUACGAGUUUUUCUAGAAGUAUUGCGAGAAGUAUUUCUUAAACUUUGUUUUUGUCGUUUUCUUGCCGUCCCUCAAUAUUUUCGUGUGAUUCCAUUUUCCCUAUAUAUUUUCUUGAUAUUUUUAACCUUGUAUCGUCGUUCUUUUGAAGCAUUGUUGUUGUUUUUUUACAUUUUUAUUUGUUACGUAGAUGUUUAUUUUUAUAAUUUAGAUCCGUUAGAAUAUUAUAUAGUCACUCUUUUGAAAUUGUCUGAAUGUUUUUUUACAAGAGCAUUCAAAUGCUAAAUUUUUGAAU